CAACUGUUAUAGACCACUGUGGCCAGCUGCAUCCCAGAAUUACUAUGUUUCCAUUCGCUCGUCUAUUUUUUCUCAUUAGUUAUUGUUUUCAUACAGGCUGGGGUUGUCACAAGAACCGAUACUUUGGUACCAAGUAGAUGUCGAGACGCAAAAAAUUCGUUGGUACCUGCAUUUUCGGUACCGUGAUUACCGGAUAUACAACUUUACCCUCUCCGCGCCUCGUCGAGUCCUGUCAGGACUUACACGGGCAGUACACGCGCGCGAGUCGGUGCGGCUACAAUCGAGCUCGCAGUCCGUUUAUGUGAACACGGAGUUUAACCUGAGUUUAUUGUGCAAUCAUUUUAAUGCAGGCAUUGGAUUUUGAACUAUUCAAGUAUCUGAUGAAGCUGUUGUUAUUACAAAUUGCACUUUUCAAACAUCAGCUGUUACAGUCAUGGAUUUGCUUUUCUAUUGUUAAUUUUCUAUUUUGUUUUUCUCUCCUAGGAACAACUGCUUAAUCAUCUUUUAGAAAGACUUCGCUCUCGAUUGGAACAUAUUGUGGAACGCAUGCCUCUGGACCUGGACUUCUUAGAGUUCACUUGCACACAAGAACUUGUGUUCUUAAAUGCUGUAUCCAGUCAAGUGACUGUUUGUCAAGCUAUUUUAGAUGCACUGACACAGCUACACAGUCUCAUCAAUUUGGAAAAAGACAAAAGGGAGCAACACAUUGCAGUUGUGCAGUUUGAGCAAGGACCAGCAGGGCGACAGCGGAUGACCAUAUCCCCAGACUACCUUAGCAAACUUCUGGAACUUAAUUUGUCUGUUCCAUGUAUUGCUAAACUCUUGGGGGUGUCCAGACGUACAGUAUACCGACGCAUGGCUGAGUCUGAUCUCUCAGUAAAGGCACUCUACAGCCCAAUGACAGAUGAUGAGUUAGAUCAGUGUGUGAGAGAGAUUAAAUCUAGGCAGCCUAACUCUGGAUAUCGGAUGAUGAAGGGCCUCCUGCAAGCCAGAGGACUGAGGGUGCAGUAUAACCGUGUCAGAGCCUCCAUGCACCGUGUUGACACCAUUGGUGUCAUAAACCGAAUGGUCCAUGUUGGGUGUCUAGCUAGACGGACCUAUUCAGUACCCGGACCCCAGGCUUUGUGGCACAUUGAUACGAACCAUAAAUUGAUUCGCUACAACAUUGUUGUCUUCGGAGGCAUUGAUGGUUUUUCUCGUAAGAUAAUGUAUCUUGGUGCAGCCUCAAACAACAUGGCCUCAACCACCCUGGCAUUCUUCCAGGAAUCUGUCGACAAGUUUGGUGUUCCUCUCAGGUGA